ACUAGGAGUAGGAAGGACUAGGAGUAGGAAGGACUAGAGAAGGAAGAGGAGAGGAGAAGGAAGGACGGACAGGAGGAGGAAGAAACAUAGGAAGGACCGGCUUCACUCCCGUCGCCCCCCCGCCCUCUGUCCACCGGCGAGCGCAGCCCUUAGCCCCGCUCCGCCGCCGCCCUGCGCAUCCGCUUCCGCCACCGCCUCCUCCGGCCCCGCGUCCCUGCUCUCUGCCAGCCGCCGGCGGCGCGGACUCGCCGGCUCUCGCACGAGGUCACUAGGAGACUGGAAUACUGUAGGAAUUAAUUUUCUGAAAUAAGAGAUCCUGUUGUUUUUAAGACAUAGGAGAAACUGAAUCAAUUUCAAUAUGUCAUCAGUCAAGCGCUUGGUUUAUGCCGUCAUCCAUUUCUUGAGACAGCAGAGUCAGAUGGAUACUUUUACUCCAGAUGAACAAGAAAGCUUGGAAGUUGCAAUUCAGUGUCUGGAGACUGUGUUUAAGAUUAACCUGGAAGAUACUCAUCUUGCACCCCCACAGCAUUUGAUAGAAAUGUUCACAAACUCUAUUCACAAGAAUGACAUGCUGCCUCUCUCAGGUUCUUUACCAGAGAAUGUUGUAAAGGCUGACCAACUGAAGGAUGAAGGUAAUAAUCAUAUGAAAGAAGAAAAUUAUGGUGCUGCAGUGGAUUGUUACACUAGGGCUAUACAACUGGAUCCAAACAAUGCAGUCUAUUACUGCAACAGGGCUGCUGCUCACAGUAAGCUCAGCAACUACAGGGAAGCAAUAAAGGACUGUGAGAAUGCUAUAGCAAUAGAUCCAAAGUACAGCAAAGCAUAUGGAAGAAUGGGGUUGGCUCUGACCUCAGUGAAUAAAUAUGAAGAAGCAGUUACCAGUUACCAAAAAGCACUGGAUCUUGAUCCAGAGAAUGACUCUUAUAAGUCAAAUUUGAAAAUAGCAGAACAGAAACUGAGAGACAUGUCCAGUCCUACUGGAACUGGAUUGAGUUUUGACAUGGCAAGCUUGAUAAACAAUCCUGCCUUCAUUAGUAUGGCAGCAAGCUUAAUGCAAAAUCCUCAAGUUCAACAACUGAUGUCGGGGAUGAUGUCCAAUGCUAUUGGUGGCCCUGCUGCCGGGGUUGGUGGCCUGUCAGAUUUGUCUAGCCUGAUUCAUGCGGGGCAGCAGUUUGCACAGCAGAUACAGCAACAGAACCCUGAGCUCAUAGAGCAACUGAGAAAUCAUAUCCGGAGCAGAUAUUUGAGCGGGAGCACUGAAGAGCAUUCCUGACUUCAAGGAGGCAUGUGAAUUGGAAUGAUAUACAACCUGAGAAUGCAUACCAUAGUUAGUAGCAAAAGCACCAUUGUAACUCUUCUGCUUGAAUAGAAGACAGAAAAUUCUUUGUGUGUGUUUGCAAACAAGAAUAAAUCUGUUAAACAGAUCUCUUGCACAUAACUUGGAACAUAGCGUUUAUGUCUAGUUACUCCUCUGAAAAUUAAUACACUGAAUAGGUGGUUUAUUAAAAUCCUCAAGUCCAAGUCAUUUCAAUAUGUGCAUUAGAAUGAUCUCCAGGGCUAUUGAGGGGGAAGGAGUUUUGCAGUGGGCUGAUCUUGCAUAACAACUUAAUUCUAAAAUGCUGCUGUAAAAGGCACGUUAUUCUUACAAUGAGAAUUAUUCUUACAAUGAGAACCAUGAUGGCUGUACUCUCUGUCAGAUAUUGAAAUAACAGGCCCAUUUGCUGUGCCCUUAGAUCAUACCUAACACUAAUGCUUUAGAAGUCUGUUUCUUUAAGCCUGUAAAGGGGCCAUCAUGAGUAACAUGUUUUUCAACUUUACUGGGCAGGAGGGAGAGAGAUGAUUCCAUAUGAAGGAGUACCAGAAAUCAUAGAGAAAGAGAAGACAAUAAUUCUGUGUAGGAUAAUACACAGAAAUCAAAGUGAAACUUGGCUUGGGAAGGGAAAGUUUUAGGCAGUUUUAGGCUUUUCUACUGCCACAUAUACCCUCACAUAAUGAUGGUAGCCCUGGAGGUCAGCAUUACGGCACUAUGUUCCUAGGCAUGGCAAGCUGUAUUACAUUAUGUAUGCAGUAUUUAGCAUAAGCUUAAAAUUCUUAACUGUUAUAAGCUAAAACUGAGCCUGUGACUAUACAAAUAACUAGUACUGAAAAUUUAUUAAAAAAAGAACUGCCUUAGAAGGAUUCUUUUUCUAUUCCUGUGUGGUAAAGCACUGGCUUAAACAAUUGGGGAUUUUUUUUAAGUAUAAGUACACAUGAAAUGAUGGUUAUAUUGUCAGGAUUUUUCCACUUAGUAUUUCUCUUCCUAACCUGGCUUUUCUUGCUCAGUUAAUCUUACUCUUUCAGAGACCACUGCUCUUCUGUACUUUUAUGAUGUUAACUUUUUUACUCUGCUUACUGUUAACAUUGCUUUCUGUUUCAAACACUUGUUCUUACUCUAGGGAGGCUUCCUCUUUGUAUAUCCAAACCAAUUUGAGGAGCCUGCUGUGAUUUCUAAGACAAAGUGAUCUUUGUUGGCCAGUUAGUCUGGAAGAAGGUAUGUGGAAGAGUAACAGACUCCAAAAUGGAGAAAUACACAGGAACUCCUGAACCUCAGACUUUAUAUCUGAUUGAUCUUGUGCUCAAAAAAGAGUUCCUCAAGUAGAAGCAAAUGGAGACAAGUAAUGUACUUGAUUCUAACAAAUUACAAGUGUACAUCUAUGGCAUGAGUCUUUAUCUGCGAAACCAGGGAGAAAAGUGCAGCUGGAUCCAUUGAGAAAUGAAAGGAAUUGGAGAAAACACAAAACUAGGAAAUCCAUAUUAGCAUCUGUUGAAUAAAGAUGUAAAGCUUAAUAGCUUUUUUAAGUUUCAUACUUUAUUGAAUAGAGCUUGCCUAUAUACAGCAUUAUUUUUUUUUUUUAAAUUCUCUCUUUAAGUUGGUGUAGGUGCUUUUUUUUGAGGCUGUGGAGAUACUUAAGCUUUACAUUAAAUACAUUUCCAUGUAAGAGUUUAUAACUUAACAUCUGCUGACAAAAAAGAAAAUCCCUAACAGGAUCUUUUUUCAGAGGUAGCUCAGAUCCCAAGAAAACUGUUAAAAGUUACAUUUAGCAGGACAGGAUACCAUUUACAGAAAAGACUGAUGGCUGCUGUAGGUGGGCUACAUACACUGUACAAGUGUUUGUACAUUACUUGGAGUAGUAUGUUGUGUCAGGAGCGAAGCACUGCUCCUAGCAUAUAUCCUCCUUAACUUCACAGUUCAUCGUAGUUCUCUCUUUCAUAUCUUCAACGGCUCAAAAGUGUGUUUCACUAACUUUGAUGGGGGAACCAAUACAUCCAAAGUGGACUGGACAGCACUGCCAGUAUCUCUCCACAAACUCAAUUUAUCCUUACUUUGUGACAGCAAUCUUGAUGCAGUCAGUUACCUUUUUACUUUAAGACAGAAAGAAUGUCAAGAACUUCUUGAGAGUUCCUUAAGAAUGACAGACUAUAUUACUAUUCAAAGAGUGGCCGUAGAAGUUAUACUGUCAAGUACAAGUUCUGUAGCUCACUGGAUUUAUGGAAGAAUAAUCCCCAAGGUUAAAUGGAAUUAAGCAUUGGUUAGUUACCUGGAAAACUACUCUUGAAAUCACCUUCAUAGAGUUGUAAUAUUUCACAUGCUACAAUACUGUCAUGUUUAGGGUUUACUCCAGUAGAGAUAAUACAGAGUAUUUAUUAAAACGUUGAUGGUAUUAGCUAACCCUUCAGAAACGUGCUUUAACUGCCACAAUUAAACAUACUGCCACUAGUAAACAAUCUUUGUUUUUUGUAUAUUAACAAAAAGGGCUUUAUAGCCUAGACAAAAAACAGUGAAACCAGUAACAGGAGCUCUCAUUACAUGCUUUUCCAUUGAAUCCAGGAACAGAGAGAGCAUUUAUGCUAAAGUCUGCUUUUCCUUGAAUAGGCUAGAUUGUUUCUGUCAUGCAACGUCUUAAUCACAGGGUGAAGAAGGAAUCUUUUCCUGUGUAGUAACUGCACUUUUCAUCUUGCUAAACCACAAUCCCUGUAAAUUUCUUUAAUUUAAUUGCAGUUUAUCAUUUAACUGAGCAAAUAAGGAUUUACACCUAAUUGGUUUUAUAUCAGCAUAUAAGAAAGAGAGGAAGAUAUUUUGCACUUAACUGUGAACUCCUGUAAUCUGCUUGCGUGGGAGUAUAUUUGUCUAACUAUGUCUGAAAGAUACCUAAUGAAAUAUUCAGUUUAGAAAUUGUUUCAGUUUGCACUUCUAGUCUUGUAACAAGUACAAAGUAAAAUCACUCAUACUGAGAAAGAAUUGUGUGCAACUUAGAAUAACUGUUUCAUGGUUACAAAAAGUCAUACUGGCAUAAUGCAGCUUCUCUACCAUUUCUGUAUCUCUCCUACCUCUUAUUACCAUAUGGUUGCAUCUCCUUCAAUUUGUGUCAGUUUAUCUUGCGGAUAUAUUAUAAAUAAAGUUAUUUACUUUUUUGUCUGGAUA